AUGAGUUCCCUACGAUUCCUCGAUCUGGUCAAGCCGUUCGUGCCGUUCCUCCCAGAGGUUCAGCAGCCGGAGACCAAGAUCCCCUUCAACCAGAAGCUCAUGUGGACGGCCCUAACCCUCCUCAUCUUCCUGGUCAUGAGCCAGAUGCCUCUCUACGGUAUCGUCUCCUCCGACAACUCGGAUCCUCUAUACUGGCUGCGAAUGGUCAUCGCGAGUAACCGUGGUACACUGAUGGAAUUGGGUAUCACCCCCAUCAUCUCCUCUGGCAUGGUUUUCCAGCUCCUUGCUGGCACCCACAUGAUCGACGUCAACCUUGACCUCAAGUCCGACCGCGAGCUCUACCAGACCGCCCAGAAGCUCCUGGCCUUCAUCCUCUCCGCCGGUACUGCUACUGUCUACGUCUUCUCCGGUCUCUAUGGACCUCCCUCCGACCUUGGUGCUGGUAUUGUCUUCCUCCUGAUCCUCCAGCUCGUUGUUGCCGGUAUGAUUGUUAUCCUCCUCGACGAGCUCCUCCAGAAGGGCUACGGUCUUGGCAGCGGUAUCUCUCUGUUCAUCGCCACCAACAUCUGCGAGUCCAUCAUGUGGAAGGCUUUCUCUCCCACCACCAUCAACACUGGCCGUGGUCCCGAGUUUGAGGGUGCCGUCAUUGCCCUCUUCCACCUCCUCAUGACCUGGCCCAACAAGCAGCGAGCUCUCCAGGAGGCUUUCUACCGCCAGAACCUCCCCAACAUCAUGAACCUCCUUGCCACCAUUGCCGUCUUCGCCGCUGUCAUCUACCUCCAGGGUUUCCGCGUCGAGAUCCCCGUCAAGUCUUCUCGCCAGCGUGGUGCUCGUGGAUCUUACCCCGUCCGCCUGUUCUACACCUCCAACAUGCCCAUCAUGCUGCAGUCCGCUCUUUCUUCCAACGUCUUCCUUAUCAGCCAGAUGCUCUACUCCCGCUUCUCUGAGAAUCUCCUUGUCCGUCUCUUCGGUGUCUGGGAGGCCAAGGAUGGUUCUUCUCAGCUCCACGCUACCUCUGGUCUCGUCUACUACAUGUCUCCUCCCCAGAACAUGAAGGAGGCUCUUCUCGACCCUAUCCACAUGAGCGCCUACAUCGUCUACAUGCUCGGUGCUUGUGCUCUCUUCUCCAAGACAUGGAUCGAGGUAUCUGGCUCCAGCCCUCGUGAUGUUGCCAAGCAGCUCAAGGAUCAGGGUCUCGUCAUGGCUGGUCACCGUGAUCAGUCCAUGUACAAGGAGCUCAAGCGCAUCAUUCCUACUGCCGCCGCCUUUGGUGGUGCCUGCAUUGGUGCGCUCUCUGUCACCAGUGACCUUUUGGGCGCUCUUGGUUCCGGUACCGGUACUCUCCUUGCUGUCACUAUCAUCUACGGUUACUUCGAAAUCGCUGCCAAGGAGGGUGACAUGGCCGGUAUGAAGGGCAUGAUUAUGGGCUAA